AAAAUGUAUUUUAUCUUAACUUAAUGAGAAUCUAUUUUUAUCCCGGCAGUUAUGUAAUUUCAAAGCAAGUGCCUUUCCACUUCUCCGUAAAUAUUUGUAUCGCUGUCUUAAAUUUUUAUUAUCACACAAUAUAAAAAUAGGAACGUCAGUCGUUUCUGUACAAACAUAAAAUCGUUUACGAUUUUUGUAUUAUUCCGAAGCGUUGUUGUUGCGUGUUAGUAGCGAAAUGAUACUCGAUCGAUUACUAAACAUUGUGCGUUGAUAACCUAUCGUGAUAAUAACCAUUAUAAUAAUGGUUUCCUCCUAAUAUUUCCAUGGGGUUCAUUAUUAUUCUAAACUUUGCCACGGCAUGUCGGAUGCAGCUCUUACAGCGACGGCACAUGAUCGUCGAAAGGUGAAUCCGUAACCGUCUAGUUGUAUAGCAGCCAUGCUCGCGGCAGAGGAGGAUCGUCGGAGGCAGCUGGUUCCUCUGCUGCCGGACCCUGAGGACAGCGGCAUCGACAGCGACGCCCCGGAACGACCUAAUUUGGAUGAACGUCGUGUGCCCAGAAGCCUAAGAUUUCUGGAGCUAAGCGAGGCAAGCGGUAGCAGCGACGAAGAAUCCGGUGAAAAGUCCUGGUGGCGCAGACCGCAGAGGAAAAACAAUCAGCAAAAUAACGUGAUGGACAACCAACCCCAGCCUAUAAAUCAGAUGCGAUGGCAAUCAAAGUGCCCGAGGACGCAUUCAGACGACGAGACCAACCCAGACCGCGCGUCACCACCGCUCUAUGAAGUGGAACUGACAGCUUCCGAUGAAGAUGAUGAUGCAUCUGUACUAGAACUUGUCAUUCCGAUGCAAUCUCGACGUACAAGGGUGCCAGCUUCAUCGCCGAAGAAAAUAAUAGCCAACUGUUUGAUCUGCACGUUCCUUUGCUGCGUGAGGAAAUAAAAAUGUUGAUCUGCCAAAAAGGUUAGGGAUUCCAAAUACGUCAAUGUAUUGCAUAAACCUUGGUGAUCUUAUUUAUUUCUAAGACAAACAGAAAAUUAAUGAUAAUAAAAUAAAUUCAAAUGAAGGUUCUUCAUACAAUACAGUUUCCACUAAUAGGCAAUGAAUACAUAGAAAGAAAGAAGAAGAAAAUUAAUUAAGUUUUUAAGUACUUAUUUUGUUUAAAGAUUUUGUAUGAGACGAUCUUCGAUUGUUAUUAUGUCCCCAGGUAUUUGAGUAGGCACUGAGACUUAUUACACUCACAUUCCACAAAUUUGGUUUGCCUUUGCUGACGUGUUUGGAAUUGUUUAAGUUAUAGUCAUUGACGUUAUUUCAAUCGCCAAUUCUCCGUUGCGAAACGCUCUUUCAUAUUUCUGCGAAAAAGCGUAGUCAAUUACAAACUUACCUAUAUAACGUGACAGCUUUAGAAUUGACGGCGGAAAUUACUUCAUAUUAACCGUAAAAUUGUUGUCUUCGGUGUCAAUAGUAAUUAAACGUAUGUUAUUCGCAAUAAGAAGAGCAUAACCGACAAUUUGGUUAUAGAUAUUUUUGUCAAAUAACGGUACUAUACAUUUUAAUUUGUGAAUUUAACGGCGUAAAAACAUUUUGUAACAAAAAACCGACUUUGUUAUAGCUAUGUACGAUUAUUUAUGAAAAUGGCAAAGAAAUUCCUCCUCAUAAGACAUACAUAUCUUAGGCAGUAAAUAUAGGGAUAGCUGCGAGACUAUAGGUCCCAAGAUCCAGCACAGGUCAUACUAAGAACUAAAAGAUAUGCGAAUCGCGCAAAUAUUUGUUGCUGUGAGGCUGGGAAUUGCGAACGCUUGGUUUUCAAACGCUUUCCGCUAGCAAUGUCAUGAGGGCUGUAAUAACUCAAAAGCAAAAUAUAAAUUCAGGGCCUAUUUCUGCAUAUCCGAGUACUGAAAUGCUACCUAUAUUUCAAAUAAAAUACUUCAAGGCGGCUGUCAAACUCAAAAGUAAAACAUAAACUCGGCUUGCUUCACCAUAUCUAAGUAUAUUAAUGCUCUCUAUCUGUUAUAAUCAGGCUAAAUUUAAAAGUCAUUGUUUACUAGGGUGUUAAAUAAGCUGUUGUCAUACUGAUAAGUAUCUUUACGUUAGCCGUCUAAUAUGUUAAUUGGCAGAAAUUUUACAUCGACGCGGUGGAUCAGACCCUAAUUAUUUAAAAGUGUACUUUUUGCAAUGAACAUUAUAUUAUUAUGUUUGCUUAAAAAAUAAUGUUACUUUCGCAUUAAUACUUGCAUAAUAGAUGUUUAAAACCGGGACUUAAGGAGAAUAAAAGAAUGGGUUUAAAUUUAUCACUUAGUAGUGCUUAGUACGUGGUUGAUGUAAAUUGAGAAUACUAUUUAGAUAUGAAAAUGUUUCACUUAUUAUUUUUCAUAAAAUUUUCUACAAAUCUCAGCAAAAAUCUUGUAUGUUUAUAUUUUUAUAAUAUAAUUUAUUAUAGUGUGAUGAUAUUUUGUCAAUUAAAUAUUGGUUGAUAAUUAUCAAAGUUACAAUAAAUAAAAAUAAUGUAGCCUCAAGUUUUCAAGCAUAAUUUGGGGUCAUUGUAUUAUAAUCUUAAUUAUAAUUAUUAUCUAUAGGUUGAGAAUCAAAAUACAGUCCAAAAAUUCUAAGACUGAUUCGAGCCUAAGUUUUGUAGAUUUUGUUAAAGACCAGUGACCUAACAUUGUGUAUUUCGAUAACUACUAUAACUUUCCUUAAUAAUUAUUAUAAUAAUACUUAUAAUAAUACUUAUAAUAAAGAUGUUUCGUAAUAAAUGGCACGGAGAUGCAUAAUAUCUAAGUAAGUCUGAAUAGGAAUGAGAAUAUUGUGAUCUGUUCGAAUAACAUGAGAUAGGUGUUGUUAUCAUUUAUUAAGGAAGUAUAAACUUCAUUAAACAUAUUGCAGUUGUAACAGAAUAAUAUAUAAAUUUAUUUAAUAAAUUUCAAAUAAGGAGCAAAUACUUACAUUUCAGUACAUUUUUUUAGUGGAGAAUUUCCUUUCAAUAAAUUUUUAAUUUGUCAAAAAUACUUUCAGUUUUAAUUACUAUAAGGUUAUGUCACUGGUCAUAAAACAUCUUAAAAUAUCAUUUAAGUACCUUUGUAUUAUAUUAUUUUAUAGUUUUAAAAAAACUACUGUCGUUACAUUGUAAUAUUUCAUGUGAAAAAAUUGUGUCAAAUCUAAUAACAUUAUUGUUGUCAUUCAAAGAUAAUGUUACUCUUAAGUUUUAAUUUCUUAAGAAGUUACGAUUAGUUGUAAGAAUAAUUUAUGUAAAUCUCUUGUUCGUAAAUAAAUGGAUAUACUAAAA